GAUGAGCAAGUGGGUAGCUGCUGGACUUACUGGACAAGCAGGACAGAGCAAUCCUGGGUCAGGCCCCUGCCUGGGCCCAAGAGGAGCCAGAAGUCAUGUGGGUGGCCCUGGGCAUGCUCUGGCUCCUGGUACUUGGGGGACCUCACCAGGCCUGGAGCUUCUGCCCUUCUCAAUGCAGCUGCAGUCUGCACAUCCUGAGUGAUGGCAGCAAGGCCAGGACAGUGGUGUGCAGCGACCCUGACUUGACUCUGCCCCCAGCUUCGAUUCCUCCAGACACCUGCAGACUGCGCUUAGAAAGAACAGCCAUCCGCAGGGUGCCAGGAGAGACCUUCAAGCCUCUCAGUCGCCUGGAGCAGCUAUGGCUACCCUACAAUGCUCUCAGUGAGCUUAGUGCCCUCAUGCUCAGGGGCCUGAGACGCCUACGAGAGCUACGGCUGCCUGGGAACCGCCUGGUCACUUUCCCCUGGGCUGCACUCAGGGACACUCCACAACUGCAGCUGCUGGACCUGCAGGCCAAUCGUCUCUCGACCUUGCCACCUGAGGCUGCACACUUCCUGGAGAACCUUACUUUCCUGGACCUCUCCAACAACCAGCUGAUGAGGCUUCCGGAGGAGCUACUAGACACGUGGGCUCACCUGAAGACCGGGCCCUUCCUUUCCGGCCAUCAUGCCAAGCUUAUCUUAGGGCUUCAGGACAACCCCUGGGUGUGUGAUUGUCGGCUCUAUGAUCUGGUUCAUCUCCUAGAUGGCUGGGUUUCAAACCUGAUCUUCAUUGAGUCUAGACUGAGGUGUGCCAGCCCACGCAGCCUGGCUGGAGUGGCCUUCAGCCAGCUGGAGCUGAGAAAGUGUCAGAGCCCAGAGCUCCGUCCAGGGGUGACCAGCAUCAUAUCCCCUUUGGGUAGCACAGUACUGUUACGUUGUGGAGCAACUGGGAUCCCAGGACCUGAGAUGAGCUGGAGGAGGGCCAACGGACGACCACUCAAUGGCACAGUACACCAGGAAAUCUCCAGUGAUGGCUCAAGUUGGACUUUGCUGGAUCUGCCUGUUGUGUCUCUCUUUGACUCUGGGGACUAUAUCUGCCAAGCCAAGAACUUUCUGGGAGCUUCUGAAACUCUUAUCUCCUUGAUUGUCACUGAGCCACAGACUUCUACAGAAUAUAGUGGGAUUCCAGGGGUCCUGUGGGCAAGGACAGGGGAUGGGGAAGAAGCUGCUGCUUACAACAACAAGAUGGUGGCUAGGCAUGUUCCUCAUAUUCCCGAGCAUGUAGCCCUGGCUACCAAGCCCUCAAUGCCCAGCAUAAAGGAAGAGUUGGCUCUCCAGAACUUUCAGAUGGAUGUCCCAGGAGAGUUCUCCAGAGAGCCUUCAGAACACCAGGAGUCACAGAUGGUCAGGUCUCUCAAGGUGGUAGGAGAUACUUACCACAGUGUGUCUUUGGUGUGGAAGGCCCCUCAAGCUGGGAACAAAACUGCCUUUAGUGUCCUUUAUGCAGUCUUUGGGCAGCGAGACAUGCGAAGGGUGACUGUGGAGCCUGGGAAGACGAGUGUCACUAUCGAGGGACUGGCUCCAAAGACCAAGUAUGUGGCAUGUGUCUGUGUGCGGGGCCUGGUGCCUACAAAGGAACAGUGUGUCAUCUUCUCUACUGAUGAGGUGGUGGAUGCAGAGGGCACCCAGCGACUCAUCAACAUGGUGGUGAUCAGCGUGGCCGCCAUCAUCGCUCUGCCUCCCACUCUGCUGGUUUGCUGCGGGGCUCUCCGAAGACGCUGCCACAAGUGCCGGGCUGGGAGCUCUGCAGAGGCGUCAGGGGCCUAUGUUAAUCUGGAAAGACUGGGCCACAGUGAGGACGGCUCAGAGGAGCUGUCCAGGAGCAGCUUCAGCGAGGCAGAUAGACUUCUCUCAGCGCGUUCCAGCCUGGACUCCCAGGUCUUGGGUGUCAGGGGCGGCAGACGCAUCAAUGAGUACUUCUGCUGAGUCUGAGUCCCCACUCACACCUGCCCUCCCUCUUCGGUCUCAUAUUUUUUUACACCUGACUGUGUGCUCAGCCACCCUGACCAUUUGGGUACUGGGCUACUUGUACAUUUACAUCAACAAUAGUUAAUGCAGUGUUUUAAGCACUUACUGUGUGCCACCAAGCAGCCAAAGUACUUCAUAGUUAUUUACUCUCUUAACUUUCAUAAUAACCAUUCACAGCAAGCAUCAUUUUUCACUCCUGGAGAAGAAACAGGUGUUCAGUAUUUUGCCUGUAUCAGUCAGUUUCUGCUGUCUAACAAGUAAAAGCAAAAACUCUCUGGUAUGCAGCAUUUAGAAAUGUAUUUUUACACUAUGUGUCUGUAGGUUGACUGGCAUGGCUCUGCUACGUGUGUUCCAUUGGGCCUCAGAGGUGGAGAGCAACAAUGGCUAGCGGGGGCAGACUUUUCUCAGAUGACGUAAGAGGGAAGAGCAAAAUCCUGCAAUGUCUGUGAAUGUCUUUGUGUGAGACUGGCACGUUGCUGCUGCUCAUGCCCAUAUUGUACCUGCCAAAGACAGUCUCAUGGCCAAAGGCAACAUUAACAAGACAAGCAGAGAUACUAAUCCUCUGAAGAUGAUGAUGGGAGACAAAACAUUUUCGAAACAAAUUUACUAUAUGGCCCGCUAUAGUACUGCCAUGGGGAAGUGGCAGCUCUAGCUUUGGACCAGGCAGUUGGACAGUUGGUUCUACUGAAAAGUCCUUACCACCCUCUAUACAGUUUCAUCAUGCUUGCACUUAUACCAGCUCAUGCACACAUGCACACAGUUUCUCUAUACAUUAGUCAUGUUUUUGAACACAUGUGCCCCCUCAUUGAAUUCUAAUUGGGGUUCUUGGAGAUAAUCUUGGAGAAAUUCUUGGAGAAUUUAUUUGUAUUAAAUUCUGAAGACUACUGCUCUUUUGUUCUCAGUAUGCCAGACUGGAGAGAGCCAAGAGGCUUCUACAACAGAGGGCACCAUCACAGUCAGUCUUGUCUCACACCCAGCCCAUCCCCGCGGAGGACCCUUUGCAAUGUUUUCUAAAAUAUAAGUGGUUUUGGAGAGCAUCUAGAAGCGAUUCUGCUCACCCAGCAGGCAAUUAGGAGGAGAAUUCUUGCUAAGUUUCUCCUAAGGCAGAGACUGCUGAGAUGCUUGUGCACAGGAGUGAGUGAAUGUUUCCACUGAAAACUCCAUGUAUUACUUGCCUACAGAGAAGAUGGGUAUCAAGUCCUUUGGAGUUUCACAGUCAGAAGUGAUCCAAGGAAAUUAUUUAACUAGUACCACAAGAGAUAAUUGAAAUCAUGUGAAUGCUGACUAGAUAUAAAUCUUCUUCCUAUUUCCAAAGGACCUACAUGCCCCUAACAGCCCAUUCUGGAGGUUAAGAUUUUUGAUUUUGCAGAGAAGGAAACUAAGAUGCAAGUAUAUGUAUAGAAGAGAGAAAUGAGUUGUCUUGGAAUCCAUGUCUUUGACAACUUUUUGGAUGCUAUGCCUUUACUCAUUAUUGAUCUUUGAAGUGUAGUCCACAGAAGGCUCACUAUGAAAAAUGAAUUUUUGGCAGCCACUGAAACAUGGAAUCAGAACCACAAGAACACACAUGCACAUGAACAUUAGAGUCACCAAACUUGAUAUUUUUCUGUCACCUCCCUGAAGGUUGUAUAUGAUUAUAACUUAUGGGUCAUCACCAUUAGCAAGAAAAUCUAUUUGGUUGGACAGUAAUGGCCUUGUCUUCACAGGGGAUCAGCUUCUUUUUUUUUGGUAAACAAAACUAGAUAGUGAAUAUUACAAGCUCUGUCAUUGCUAAUGGAAUGAACAAAAAGCAAUAUAGACUACAGGUGAGUUAAUGAGCUUGGAUGUCAUCCAAUAAAAUGUUUACAAAAAUAGAUAAUAAACUGGAAGCAACAUCCAAUUAGCUUUAUUGUACUUUGUGAAAGAAAAAUCAGGAACUUGAAAGCAGACAAUAAAACUAGUAUACCCAAUAUGGACCAAGAGACAGAGAGGAAAAAGGAGAGGAGAAAGAGGAAAAAAAUAGAGAUGGGAUCAAAUUUUCCAGCAAUCUAAGAGGGCUGCCUUCAGGGUGUGGAUGAUCACUGCUUCCAAGAUGCCUGGACUCUUAAUGGCCAUGUAUCAACUUUCUUUCCUGUGUUCUGUCUUCCCUGAGUUUUCUCUUGUAGGGAAGAGUCAGUCUGGAGUGUUCUCAUGGGUAUUUAUGUUACUAAAACAAACUCCUCUGACAAAUCAAUAAAUAAACAGUAUCUAGUUUA